AUGUCUCUUCCCAUCAUAACAUUACCACAUGUUAUUACUCCUUCGCUCGCACUAUCUGUUCUCUCAGACCUACUGCCCCGGAUGACACACUCGCAUCCGGCCAUUCGCAAGAAGACCAUUGUUACACUUUAUAGGUUAGCUUUAGUUUACCCCGAAACAUUACGUCCAGCAUGGCCAAAGAUCAAGGAGCGAUUGAUGGAUGAGGGCGAAGAUCCAAGUGUCACAGCUGCAAUCGUCAAUGUUUUUGCUACCUUGACUCCACUUGAGCCAAGAUUGGUUAAAAAACUGUUACCACCGCUUACAUCGAUUAUCCGAACGACUCCAGCAAUGUCACUACUGUAUGAAUGUAUAAAUGGCAUUAUUUUAGGAGGAAUUCUUGGAAGCAGUGAGGAGUCUGCAGGAGGGGAGGAAAUAGCUACUCUCUGUGUGAGCAAGUUGCGUGGUAUGAUUAUGGUUGAGGGAGAUCCUAAUCUAAAAUAUGUCGCUCUACUCGCUUUCAACAAGAUUGUUGUUACCCAUCCAUUUCUUGUUGCUCAACAAGAAGAUGUGAUAAUGGAUUGUAUCGAUAGUGCCGAUAUCUCGAUCAGAUUACGUGCAUUAGACUUGGUUGUAGGUAUGGUCAGCAGCGACAAUCUGAUGUCUAUUGUUGGAAGAUUGAUGAGACAACUUCGAAGCUCCCCUUCAAUUCCUGCACGCAAUUCUAGUCCUCGACAUGCUGGACACAUCGAACCUGAAGCAGAUUCAGAUGACGAGGCUCCGGAAGUGGCAAUUAAAUCUGAUAGGGGGUCGUCGCAAGAUUUACUAUUGCCAGAUGACUACAAGGUGGAUGUCAUCACCAGAGUGCUAGAAAUGUGCUCGAUAAAUAACUAUGCUAAUCUUGUUGAUUUCGAUUGGUAUAUCGACAUUUUAAUUCAGCUUGUCAGAAACGCUCCGGUUACAAGUUCUUCUAUGAAUCAGGAAUUGGAAGAGUACCCAAGUAAUGAUAUUUCUGAAAAGAUUGGAGAUGAACUGCGUAAUGUGGCCGUCAAGGUGAAAGCGGUCCGGUCUCAAGCUGCUAAGGCUGCGGAAUCAAUACUAAUACUAGCUUUUAACGAUACCACAAGCCAAGUCAGCUCCGGAAAUGGAGCACUUCGACCGAUAUCUUGGAUGAUUGGAGAAUAUGCUUCUUAUUUGGAGUCCCCAGAAAAUACAAUGGCAGCUUUACUGCAUAUUACGAAAGCUUCAACAUCUGCCGAGGGUCUCAUCGUGUACCUCCAAGCAUUGGCUAAGGUUUUCGCGGUUAUGGCUGACGACGAGCAUUCACUCUGGACGGCCGAACGGAAGACAAUGAUGUCACUCUUGAUGGCACGCAUUAUAAAUGCACUUGAGCCCUUAGCGAUGCACCCUGAUUUGGAAGUUCAAGAAAGGGCAGUUGAGUUCUCAGAGUUGUUAAAGUUGGCAGCAGAAGCAACAAAUGGUCAAGGGCCAUCUUCGGAAUCGGUUCAGCAAGAUGCGCCACUUUUGCUUACACAGGCACUGCCUUCUCUUUUCAGGGGACAGGAAUUAAACUCGGUUGCAGCUAGCGCGCAGAAGAAUGUACCAUUGCCAUCGAACUUGGAUCUUGAUCAGCCGAUCAAUCAAAAUCUACACAAUCUGUUACGGAAUGUAGAUUCUAUAUCAUUCGAUGAUCUUGAAAACGAUGAAUUCGAAGUCUACUAUCAUCAAAAACCAGAGCCUACUUCAAUCUCAUCUAAUGAACCUGCUAUCAACCGCCUUAGUGGAAGUCCUGAUCAAGCUGCACAGUCUUACCAGCAAGGUAGUGAAGAAUCAUACCUAGACCCGGAUAUUGUUGCACGACGGAAAGCAGAGAGACUUGAAAGGAAUAGAGAUGAUCCAUUUUACAUCGCACCGAAUGACGGUAGCCUGUCGGGCACGUCAACACCUCUUCACAACAUUCUUCAAAACAACAAUGGGCAAGAUCUAGACAUUGAUGCCAUACCAAUCAUGCAGUUAGAUCUGGGCAAAACGAAUCUAAAUAUAACGAAUAAUAAGAAGCCCUCAAAGAAGCCUCGUCAACGAAUACAAGUGGCUGCUGAUGAAACACUGAACCUUAGUGGAACGUCUACACCUGCAAACGAUUCUGAAAACAGCACUGAGGGAGCCAUGAAGGCGCGACUUUCAAGAGGGAAACAAUCUCUAUUACAGGUGGACUCGAGCCACAUCGGCCAGUUUUCCCUUGAAGGUGACGAUACCAGUGGUAUUGAUUUCGAGCGGCAACAGAAAGAAGAGGCUGAAAUGGUAAAGGCCAUGAAAGAGGUAGAAAGGCUUCGACUAGAGAUGCAGCGAGCGAAUGAGAGAAUCCACGCUGCACAAGAUGUUCCACCAGAAGGAACAGUGGUGAAGAGGAAAGCGAAGAAGAAGACGAAACCUGCAGAAGGAGAGGCAGCGACAGUGGUUAAGAAAAGGAAAAAGGCCAAGAAAGCCGUGGUCGAUGAAGGAGAAGGCGAGCCUUCUGUAGCUCCUACGACUACAGAUGUUGUGAAGCCGAAGAAGAAAAAGAAGAAGCCGAAGAUGGAGGAAGAGGUCAUGGAACAGGCGUAA